AUGUGGGCGUGUGCCCUGGGUCAUCUCGAAGCUGCUGUUACCCUUUACGCCUGGAACAGCCGAGCUCUCGGAAUCCCGGACUCGCUGGGCCGUCUGCCCUUGCAGGUAGCACGAUCCCGUGGCCAUGUGAGAUUGGCCAUGCGUCUGGAGGAACUGCAGAGACAGGAGACUCAGAUCCAGGACUGCCUACUGAGCACCAGGCUGCAGGACCACAUCGAUGGGACAGAUUCCAGCUGGCAGCGGUGGGCAGGCAGCUGCAGUGAAACUGGCAAGGCCUCUUCACCUUCAUCGAUGAGCCCAGACACAGGUCUGAGCGCUGAGAGCAGUAACUCAUCUCCCUCCUCAGUGUCCGAGGGGUCAGCAGCUUUGUCAGUGAGCUCUGCGUACUUCAGCGGCUCCGUUCACAGAGAGACACCCGUCACCAGCCCUGAACUGUGCCCCGGCGCUGAGCAAGACGUAGCCAUGGAGAUCUGUGAGCUGCAACGACAGGAUGUCACCAACAGCACAGCGCAGAGUCAGGAGCGGGCUGCUCUCAGCUGCACUGGGAACUCUGAAAGCCAGGAGAAACCGAGUAAUGCGUGGAACCUGCAGGAGGAGGGUGACCUUCGGAGAAACCGGAAUGGCAGCUCAGCUCUGCACUGCGGCACAGCCAGUCCCCACUUCUUCCUCGACCAUGAGGCCACUCUCAUGACAAACAGUGGCAGGAAAUACUCGAUGGCAACAGCAAGAGAUUCCAUGGAGACUGAGCUGCUUCGUUUCACUGAAAACGUGGAGAAUGAAGACUUCCUGCCUCCCGUCGAUGUUUUACAGGUCGAUAUGAUAACAUUGGCGGAGCAGAUUAUCGAUGCCACUCCCGACCGAAUCAAGCAGGAGGAUUUUAACAGCAUUCAGACAGCACUGAAAGAGCAUCAGGAGAACACAGCCAUCAGUGACACCAUGACCUGGUUGGCCAGCUACUUGGAAAAUGUCGACCAACUUCCCAACUUCUCCCAGCACAG